AUGCCUGCAGCAUCUUUCCAAAGCCAACCCGAAGGGAGCAAAAUGCCCUCAAGGGGUUGGGCUCUUCAGUCUAAGAGGACUCUGCACCAGUUAGCGGUUGAGGCUGGAUACCACUGCCUCUGCUCUUUGCUUGGCCCUGAUGGUUAUCCUGUUGUCUUCAGCUCUCCGCUUGCACUCUUCUUCUCAAACUGCUACAUAUCACUGCCUCCUUUAACUCAUUGCCAUGUUUUAGAUCCAGACCCUCUUGUGUUUGCACCACCAGUUGCUGCACUGCCGCAGCCGCGGCCACAGCCGCCUCCGCCGUCUAGUCCGACGAUGCCGGUGCAAAUGCCGCCAAAUCUGCCAAGGGACGACCAGUUUGUGCCUUUGCCUCCAAAAGUGAAUGAAAUCCUUGUCAAUUCUGAGGGCCAGAAUUCUUCCAUGGCUGAUGGGAAUGACAAUUCAAGCCUCAGCGGCAGCAGUCCUCCCGCGAAGCUGAGCAUCCCUGAGACGUCAGAUAGUGCAAAAAUGCUGCUGCUGCUCUCAAGAAACCUGCUUAUCAUAGUUCCAGUUUUUGCAUGUAUUGCAUGAGAUCAAUUUCAUUACUUUGUAGAUUCCAGAAAUCCGGUUUUGGCUUGUACCCGAUCCAUGUAUAUUUUA